AUGGAUGAACAGGGAGGAAAAACAGUGGAUUCUAUCCCUAAAGAGGAUCUCUUGAGAACUUUACAGAAUUUGGGAGAAAAUGACUUUAAAACAUUUAAGUGGUACCUGGAGCAGCCUGAGGUUCUGGAAGACCUCCCAACAAUCCCAAAGAGUCGACUGGAGAAGGCGGACCAGUUGGACACAGUGGAUCUGAUGGUUCAGACCUACAGUGAAAACACUCUGCAGGUGACCAAAAAGGUUCUGGGGAAGAUGAAUAAGCAAUGCUCACACACCAUCUCUAAACAGAUUCUUGCCAUGUGUCAGAAUAAAGUCAAAUCCAACCUGAAGGAGAAAUUUCAAAAUUUGUUUGAGAAAAUCACAAAAGCAGGAAAUUCCAAACUUCUACAAGAGUUCUUCACCGAGAUCUACAUACUAAUGCAAGAAACUGGAGAGGUGAACAUGGAACAUGAGAUCAGACAGAUUGAAACAGCAUCCAGGAAACCAGACAGACCAGAAACAACAAUCAGACAAGAAGACAUCUUUAAAGCCUCACCUGGAAGAGAUAAACCAAUCAGAACAGUGAUGACAAAGGGAGUGGCUGGCAUUGGGAAAACAGUCUUAACACAGAAGUUCACUCUGGACUGGGCUGAAGACAAAGCCAACCAGGACAUACACUUCACAUUUCCAUUCACUUUCAGAGAGCUGAAUGUGCUGAAAGAGAAAAAGUACAGCUUGGUGGAACUUGUUCAUCACUUCUUUACUGAAACCAAAGAAGCAGGAAUCUGCAGGUUUGAAGAGUUCCAGGUUGUGUUCAUCUUUGACGGUCUGGAUGAGUGUCGACUUCCUCUGGACUUCCACAACACUGAGAUCCUGACUGAUGUUACAGAGUCCACCUCAGUGGAUGUGCUGCUGACAAACCUCAUCAGGGGGAAACUGCUUCCCUCUGCUCGCCUCUGGAUAACCACACGACCUGCAGCAGCCAAUCAGAUCCCUCCUGAGUGUGUCGGCAUGAUGACAGAGGUCAGAGGCUUCACUGACCCACAGAAGGAGGAGUACUUCAGGAAGAGAUUCAGAGAUGAGGAGCAGGCCAGCACCAUCAUCUCCCACAUCAAGACAUCACGAAGCCUCCACAUCAUGUGCCACAUCCCAGUCUUCUGCUGGAUCACUGCUACAGUUCUGGAGGAUGUGUUGAAAAGAAGAAAGAGAACAGAGCUGCCCAAGUCCCUGACUGAGAUGUACAUCCACUUCCUGGUGGUUCAGGCCAAACUGAAGAAGGUCAAGUAUGAUGGAGGAGCUGAGAGAGAUCCACACUGGAGUCCAGAGAGCAGGAAGAUGAUUGAGUCUCUGGGAAAACUGGCUUUUGAGCAGCUGCAGAAAGGCAACCUGAUCUUCUAUGAAUCAGACCUGACAGAGUGUGGCAUCGAUAUCAGAGCAGCCUCAGUGUGCUCAGGAGUGUUCACAGAGAUCUUUAAAGAGGAGAGAGGGCUGUACCAGGACAAGGUGUUCUGCUUCGUCCAUCUGAGCCUUCAGGAGUUUCUGGCUGCUCUUCAUGUCCAUCUGACAUUCAUCAAGUCUGGAGUCAGUCUGCUGGCAGAAAAAACAUCCUGGUGGUCUGAAGUCUUCAGAGGCAAAUCAACACAUUUCUACCAGAGAGCUGUGGACGAGGCCUUAAAGAGUCCAAAUGGACACCUGGACUUGUUCCUCCGCUUCCUCCUGGGUCUUUCACUGCAGACCAAUCAGACUCUCCUACGAGGUCUGCUGACACAGACAGGAAGUAGCUCACAGACCAAUCAGAAAACAGUCCUGUACAUCAAGAAGAAGAUCAGUAAGAAUGUGUCUGCAGAGAGAAGCAUCAAUCUGUUCCACUGUCUGAAUGAACUGAAUGAUCGUUCUCUAGUGGAGCAGAUCCAACAGUCCCUGAGAUCAGGAAGUCUCUCCACAGAUAAACUGUCUCCUGCUCAGUGGUCAGCUCUUGGCUUCAUCUUACUGUCAUCAGAAAAAGAUCUAGACGUGUUUGACCUGAAGAAAUACUCUGCUUCAGAGGAGGUUCUUCUGAGGCUGCUGCCAGUGGUCAAAGCUUCAAAUAAAGUUCUACUGAAUCACUGUAACCUCUCAGAGAGAAGCUGUGCAGCUCUGUCCUCAGUUCUCAGCUCCCAGUCCUCUAGUCUGAGAGAUCUGGACCUGAGUGACAACAACCUGCAGGAUUCAGGAGUGAAGCAGCUUUCUGCUGGACUGGAGAGUCCACACUGUACACUGGAAACUCUCAGUCUGUCAGGAUGUCAGAUCACAGAGGAAGGCUGUGCUUCUCUGGCCUCAGCUCUGAGCUCCAACCCCUCCCAUCUGAGAGAGCUGGACCUGAGUAACAACAACCUGCAGGAUUCAGGAGUGAAGCAGCUUUCUGCUGGACUGGAGAGUCCACACUGUACACUGGAAACUCUCAGCCUGUCAGCAUGUCUGAUCACAGAGGAAGGCUGUGCUUCUCUGGCCUCAGCUCUGCGCUCCAACCCCUCCCAUCUGAGAGAGCUGGACCUGAGCUACAAUCAUCCAGGAGACUCAGGAGAGAAGCUUUUGUCUGCUGGACUGGAGGAUCCACACUGGAGACUGGACACUCUCAGGGUGGACCAUGGUGGAGAGCAGUGGAUAAAAAAGUAUUUCUGUGAACUCACACUGGACACAAACACAGUAAACUAUUACCUCAAACUGUCUGACAACAACAGGAAGGUGACACAUGUGGGAAAGGAUCAGUCAUAUCCUGAUCAUCCAGACAGAUUUGACUACAAGCCUCAGGUGCUGUGUAGUAAUGGUCUGACUGGUCGCUGUUACUGGGAGGUCGAGUGUAGAACAGUUGAUAUAUCAGUGAGUUACAGAGGAAUCAGCAGGAAAGGAGACAGUGACGACUGUUUGUUUGGAUAUAAUGAUCAGUCCUGGAGUCUGUGGUACAAUGCUGGUGGUUACUCUGUCCAUCACAAUAAGACAAGAACAUAUGUCCCCUCCUCCUCUGUCUCUAGCAGAGUAGCAGUGUAUGUGGACUGUCCUGCUGGCACUCUGUCCUUCUACAGAGUCUCUUCUGACACACUGAUCCACCUCCACACCUUCUACACCACAUUCACUGAACCUCUGUAUCCUGGGUUUGGGUUUGGGUCUUAUGGUUCCUCAGUGUAUGUGUGUCCUCUGUCUGAGUGAGAGUCUCCUCCUGUGGAGACAAACAGUCACACUGCUGACUGAAGACAGCUGCUGAAAUCACUGUUCACUCUGUUCACCAGUGAACAAUAGAAACAGGAAAUGACAGCAGCUUCCUGUGUUUAAAUGUUGAUGGUGGACAAGGUUUCACUGUGGUUUCAUUUGGAUCACUGACUGUGCUUUAAUGUCAGAAUAAAGUUUCUAUUAGAAGUAGUGAAAUGAUUUCCUCUGGACUGAAUUGAUGUGGCAAACACAUUAGCAAACCACUAUCAUAUUUUUUGGGGCUGUCCCUCUGUGGCUCCAUUUUGGAAAGGCGUCCACGGGGUCCUGGAAGCGGUUUUUAAAUAGAAAAUAUACUUAAACUUUAAAAUCAUGUAUCUUGGUUAUCUGAACGGACUAUAAUAUGCAAAGCAGGAUAAAUACCUGUUAGGAGUUUUAUUAGUGGGAUGCAAAAAGGGCCUUUACCAGAAAAUGGCUUAAGAAGGACAAACCAACAAUAAACUAAUUGAUUGAUAUAAUCUAUACUAUAUACGUGAUUGAGAGGAUCACAUUUAAACUAAAACACAAAGCUGAUAUUGUUGAA